AUGGCCCGCACGAAGCAGACGGCGCGCAAGUCCACCGGCGGCAAGGCGCCGCGGAAGCAGCUGGCCACCAAGGCGGCGCGCAAGUCGGCCCCGGCCACCGGCGGCGUGAAGAAGCCCCACCGCUUCCGCCCGGGGACCCGCCUCGUCCGCGAGAUCGCGCAGGACUUCAAGACCGACCUGAGGUUCCAGAGCUCCGCCGUCUCCGCCCUGCAGGAGGCCGCCGAGGCGUACCUGGUCGGGCUGUUCGAGGACACCAACCUGUGCGCCAUCCACGCCAAGCGCGUCACCAUCAUGCCCAAGGACAUCCAGCUCGCCCGCCGCAUCCGCGGGGAGCGCGCCUAG